AAGUGGGGAGUAUUCUUUGCCCUUUGACAGCUCGUCUCCAUCGUUACGGCAGGCCGUAUUCCACGCCUCUAAUAUGGCGCCCUCCAUAUAGAAAGUGGCCGUGGUUUCUACCCCGGUGGUCGGGGGCAGUGCUGAGCUUGGGUUGGUAUACUUCUAUCCUGGGCUGCAGAAAGCAGCAGUUGAGGGAAUUUCUGGUCACAGUUCCAAGAAGCCACCCUCCUAUGAGGUUUGAGAGUCGCCGCUUUCUUUUAGUUUCUGCAAGUUUCUCCUCUGUCCCUGGUUUGUUUUCCGAGCCACCUCCGGACACCUCCAGGUCCCUGACCCCGCCAGACUCAAACCAUGAACCUUCGGCAGCUGCUGUGCUUGCCCCGUUAUCUCGAAGUCUCUGGUCCCCAGCGUCGCCGGUGGUGGUCCCAGUCCUUCGACACCAUCUCCUCAAUAGGUUCCAGGCGCGGUCAGUCCUCGAGGUCCCCGACCCACUGGAACCAGGUGGUUUCCGAGGCAGAGAAGAUCGUGGGCUAUCCCACGUCCUUCAUGAGCCUCCGCUGCUUGCUGAGUGACGAACUCAGCAACAUCGCUAUGCAGGUGCGGAAGCUGGUGGGGACUCAGCACCCUCUGCUUACCACAGCCAGGGAACUUGUACAUGACAGCCGGCAAAACCUGCAUUUGAGGGGCUUGGUGGUGUUACUCAUUUCUAAAGCAGCUGGGCCCAGCAGUGUGAAUGCUUCGUGUCAGCACUAUGACGUGGUCAGUGGGAUCUACUCGUGUCAAAGAAGUUUGGCAGAGAUCACAGAACUCAUCCAUACUGCCCUCCUUGUACAUCGUGGGAUAGUAAACUUAAGUGAAUUGCAAUCUUCUGAUGGGCCACUGAAAGACAUGCAAUUUGGAAAUAAAAUUGCUAUCCUGAGUGGAGACUUUCUUCUAGCAAAUGCCUGCAAUGGACUAGCUCUGCUGCAGAACACCAAGGUUGUGGAGCUUUUAGCAAGUGCUCUUAUGGAUUUGGUACAGGGAGUAUACCAUGAAAAUUCUACUGCAGCAAAGGAAAAUUUUAUCACAGAUGAUAUUGGAAUAUCGACUUGGAAGGAGCAGACUUUUCUCUCCCAUGGUGCCUUACUAGCAAAGAGCUGCCAAGCUGCGAUGGAGUUAGCCAAGCAUGAUGCUGAGGUUCAGGAUAUGGCAUUUCGGUAUGGGAAGCACAUGGCCAUGAGUCAUAAGAUAAAUUCUGACCUCCAACCUUUUAUUAAAGAAAAAUCCAGUGAAUCUAUGACUUUUAAUCUCAACUCAGCUCCAGUAGUCUUACAUCAGGAGUUUCUUGGAAGAGAUCUGUGGAUUAAGCAGAUCAGAAAGGCUCAAGAAAAAGGAAUAUUGGACUAUGCUAAGUUGCGAGAGACAAUCAAAGCUGGCAAAGGUGUGACUUCAGCUAUUGACCUGUGUCGUUACCAUGGAAACAAGGCACUGGAGGCCCUGGAGAGCUUUCCUCCCUCGGAGGCCAGAUCUGCUUUAGAAAACAUUGUGUUUGCUGUGACCAGAUUUUCAUGACACCAAAUUAAAAAGACACCAUUGUUAGUUAGCUGAAGAACCUAGGGAAAAGGUGACGGAGAAAGCUUUCAUGAUGAAAUAUCUAAAUGUGUUAAUCACUUUGGAAACAUACACACUUUUCCUUCUUUUUAUCACUCUGCUAAAUGAAUACUGCCUUCUUUUUGGAACUGCUGCAAACAAAAUUAGAAGAAAAAAAGGUCAAGCGGUUUUCCCUUGUCACACCAGAAGCACACUUGAGGCUGCAGUAGCAGAAAUAAUUAAUGAGAUUCGCUCCUGUGACCUCAGCAAAUGGACAGGAAAUAAGUCCUUAUUGAUUGGACCGAGCCAGGGAUGGCGCCAGGGCGGUGGCCUGUGGUUUUCCUUCUAGAGAGGACAGAGCAAGCUAGAAGCUGCAGGUGUCAAGAGAAACACUAUCCAUACCAACCGGUGAGGACUGUGAGAUCAAACGAGUUGACCAAUUGGUCAUAACAGAAAGUAGCUUGAGGAAUUAAGAAAACUAUGCUUUAUUUGUCAUCUUGCAAUUAUGUCACGGUAUUUAUUGAUACAAUAUGAAUGUGCUUCGUGGUUUUUAUAAGAUUUUUUUGGAAAAAUUGCUAAAAAGUUGCCAAAUAUUUGAAGUAGAAGAUUAAGAUGUUGUUGAAUGUUAAAUUGGUUAUAUUAGGGAUUGUCUGCUUUUCUUUCUUAGAGGUCAAAUAUUUUUUCAAACACAUUUCAUUUUUUUAAUGAAAAGGAACCUUUUUUUCAAGGGAAAUGUAUUCAUUUAUAAUACUGUGAUUUAGGGAAUACCUUUAAUUUUUACAAGUUUCAGAAAUAUAAUUGUCGUACAGGGGAAUUCAUUAAUGAGAAUUUUUUUUAACCUUAGAAUGUCACAUUUUGGUCUUGAGCUGCAGACAUCCAAUUACAAAAAGAAUAUAAGCAAUCUCACAGGCCUGCUGUUGGACACUGUCUCUGUGUGGUUCAUAGGAGAUGAUUUUUGUAGUCUGCACACAUGCAAUAUGAGCACGCCGUUGACAAGAAGGCUGAGUUUACAUAAAUGAUCUAGAUUGAAACUCAGCUACCUUUGUUCCUUAUGUGGUGUAAUUACAGCCCUAUCUGGAGACAGUGAACACAGCAAACAGAUUUUAUUACCUAGCUCACUCCAACACUGAAUGAAGUUAUUUUAGUUAAAUUCCUCCCCCAAAAGUUAUAAAACGAUUUUAUCAGCGCCCAAUAUGUGGCACAUGAUGAAGAGAAAUGUCACACUAUGGAGGACAGGGUAUUGUGAAAUUUUUAAGUGUACUUAAAAUAUUGUAAUCGUACAGUUUAUGCCACUACAACUUUAAGUCUAUAGAUGUAGAUUCAAAAAACACUUCACUCUUCUGUUUGAAAUGUCUUUUCUCACUGAAAUUGGCUUAAUUAGUAACUCUGGCUAAGAUGCUUUAGAUCAGACUAGGUUUUAAUCAUUAACCUCCUGGGAGGAGGAGCCAUCGUUGUGCUCCUGUGUGCUCUUUGGCUGCAGAACUGCAGGAAGCUGUAGGCUUCAUUAAGCAGAUGGCUGGGGACAGCAGGGCCUGGGAUCCUAGGGCUCCUCCAGUUCUGGGUUAGAAUCUGGUUUGCUGUGUGACCUUGCACAAGUCACUUCCCUCUAGCCUCAAUUUCCUUAUCUCAAGCAAGAUUAAACAAUAUAAUGUAUGAAAUCCCUUCCAGGUUUGUUUUAUUUUCUAAAAGUUUGCAAUUCCAGGCCAUCUAAAUAGGAAAGUUGCCGUGUGAGAUUCAGAGAGGAGGGGGGACAAACCCACAGAGAGGUGCUAAAGGAAGGCCAAGAACUUAAUGGCAGAACUUAAUGGCGAGCUUCUUGCUGAGCUGCCCCCCAGGUGACCUAAAGCAUCAAGGCUGUCCUUCAUGUGACAUGCAGCCCUAGACUCUUCUGUUUUGCUUUUUUGUUUGUUUUUGAGACAGUCUCACUUUAUGGCCCUCGGUAGAGUGCUGUGGUGUCAUAGCUGACAGCAAUGUCCUACUCCUGGGCUUAGGCGAUUCUUUUGCCUUGGGCCCCAGAGUAGUGUUUUUGUUUUUGUUUUUGUUUUUGAGACAGAGUCUCACUAUGUCACCCUGGGUAGAGUGCCAUGGCAUGACAGCAACCUCAAACUCUUGGACCUAAACAAGAGUUGCCUCAGCUUCCCAAGUAGCUGGGACUACAGAUGCCCACCACAAUGCCCAGCCAUUUUUUGGUUGUAGUUGUCAUUGUUGUUUGGCAAGCCUGGGCUGGGUUCGAACCCUCCAGGUCGGGUGUAUGUGGCUGGUGCCCUAGCCGCUGAGCUACAGGCGCUGGACUCUUCUGUUUUAAUACCCACAUCUCUGCUGUCUUUCAGUCCUUUCCUCCCUUUCAUCUUCCCAGUUUCUUCAUUCCACAUCCUGACUCCUGGCUCCUGAUCCCUGGAGCAGCAGUCCCACUUCCCUGCUGAGUGACAGAGCUCUGCCUCACCCACAGAGGGCCUGGCCUCUCUCCUCAGGCCAUACAGAGCAGAGCUCUUACUUCCCUCAGCACCUUGGCAAGCUUUUAUAAAAACGUGCGUGUUCGCCCAUUCACUCUGGAAUAUGAAACGGCCUUUCUUCUUGCCCGUUCUUCAGGGAUAUUGAUUUAUUAGCUCAUAUUAAUUUAUUACAAUUUCAGACAGUCUCUAAGGAGAAAUUCCAUUCCUUAAUCUCAGCCCUCAGCCUCCUGCCUGAGUGUGGCUAGAGAAGGUAAUGAGCAGGUGGAGUUAAUGGCUCUAGAAUGUCUCCCUGGCCCUCUCACCUCUGCCCACUUGUUUCUUUCUUUUUUUGAGACAGAGCCUCACUAUGUUGCGCUCAGUAGAGUGCUGUGGCAUCACAGCUCACAGCAACCGCAAACUCUUGGGCUUAACCAGUUCUCUUGCCUCAUCCUCCCAAGUAGCUGGGAUUACAUGUACCCGCCACAACACCUGGCUAGUGUUAGAGAUGGGGUCUCAUUCUUGCUCAGGCUGCUCUUGAACUCCUGCGUUCAGGCGAUCCACUUCCCUCGGCCUCCCAGAGUGCUAGGAUUGCAAGCGUAAGCACUGCACCCCGCCACGAUAUUUUUUCUUUCCAAUGUCCUACUUACUGACUUUUGAUGAUAAGAGGCUGGCUUGUCAUAUUACCUUAAUUUGUAUCUAGCUGUUGCUAAGCUAUCACCAUGGCAUCAAGUCAUUCAGGCAAAUAUAGAUGCCUAAAAACAAAUGUGUAGGAAGAAAAAAUUGUCCUUAGUCGCCUCACUUCUACUGUCAGCAAUUUGAGUAGUUUAACAUUAAAUCUUUGUCAUAGUUACUUCACGGCCGUAGCAAAACAAAACAAACAAAAAUUGCAUCUUGGCUUGGUGCCCGUAGCACAGCAUUUAUGGCGCCAGCCACAUACACCAAAGCUGGUGGGUUCAACUGGGCCUGCUAAACAGCAAUAACAACUGCAACAAAAAAUAGCCGGGCAUUGUGGCAGGUGCCUGCAGUCCCAGCUACUUGGGAGGCUAAGGCAAGAGAAUCACUUAAGCCCAAGAGUUUGAGGUUGCUGUGAGCUGUGACACUACAGCACUCUACCAAGGGCAACAUAGUAAGACUCUGUCUCAAAAAAAAAAAAAAAUUGCAUCUCAUAGGGUGGUGCCUGUGGCUCUGUGAGUGGGGUGCUGGCUCCAUAUACCAAGGGUGGUGUGGCUCGUGAGUGGGGCGCCAGCUCCAUAUACCAAGGAUAGUGGGUUCAAACCCAGCCCUGGCCAAACUGUAACAACAACAAAAAAAUAAAUAGCCAGGCUCAGUGCCUGUGGCUCAAGAGGCUAAGGCGCCAGCCACAUACACCUGAGCUGGUGGGUUCAAAUCCAGCCUGAGCCUGCCAAACAACAAUGAGAACUGCAACCAAAAAAUAGCCGGGCAUUGUGGUGGGUGCCUGUAGUCCCAGCUACUUGGGAGGCGGAGGCAAGAGAAUCGCUUGAGCCCAGGAGUUGGAGGUUGCUAUGAGCUGUGAUGCCACAGCUCUCUACCCAGGGCGACAGCUUGAGGGUAUGUCUCAAAGAAAAAAAAAACCACAGCACUCUACCCAGGGUGACAAAGUGAGACUCUGUCUCUAAAAAAAAAAAAGAAAGAAACAAACAAAAUUGCAUCUCAUAAAAAUACAAUGAUGUCUGCAAAUUUUAUAUUCAUCAUUUACAAAAGACAUCGUUAGUCUUUGUACCAACACCUCCUAACGAUUCAAGGAGCCUGCAUGGUAACAUCUAUUGCCUCUAGCAGUAUAAAAUAUCAACAGUAGGCUUGGUGCCAGUACCUCAGUGAGUAGGGUGCCAGCCACAUACCCUGAGGCUGGCGGGUUCAAGCCCGGCCUGUGCCUGCUAAACAACAAUGACCACUGCAACCAAAAAUAGCCGGGCAUUGUGGAGGGCACCUGUAGUCCCAGCUAAUUGGGAGGCAGAUGCAGGAGAAUUGCUUAAGACCAAGAAUUUGAGGUAAUGGUUACGCCAUGGCACUCUACUGAGGGCGACAUAGUGACACUGUCUCAAAUAAAUAAAUAAAAUACCAGCAGUAAUGAAUGGUGUCUUUUUGUUCCAUCUCAAUAGUUUAAAAGUUCUUCAAAAACAGUUUUUCAAUUUCAAAUUCUAAUAGAUGAUUUCAGCAAAAUGACAUACUGUGAGCUGUAUCAUUUGACAUUAGUAUAUAUAUAAGCUGUACUUUCCAGAUUGGUUGGUUGGUUGGUUUGAGACAGUCCCACUUUGUCACCCUUGGGAGAGUACCAUGGAGUCAUAGGUCAUAGCAGCCUCUAACUCUUGGGCUCACGUGAUCUUCCUGCCUCAGUUUUUCUAUUUUCAUUUUCAUUUUUAUUUAUUUAUUUUUUAUUUUUUGAGACAGAGUCUCACUAUGUCGCCCUGAGUACAGUGCUAUGGCAUCACAGCUCAUAGCAACCUCAAAUUCUUGGGCUUAAACAAUUCUCUUGCCUCAGCCUCCCAAGUGGCUGGGACUACAGGCACCCACCACAAUGCCCAGCUAUUUUUUGUUGCAGUUGUCAUUGUUGUUUAGCAGGCCGGGGCCAGGCUCGAACCCACAAGCCUUAGUGUAUGUGGCCGGCACCCUACUCACUGAGCUAUGGAUGCCGAGCCU